AUGUAUGAUGACAUGUUCCUUCAGAAUGACAGAAUUCCAAGGAUGGCGUCCGAGAUCCAAGAGGUCUCCACAACCUCCGACUUCCGCGUCUGCCAUGUACAUAGCAUGUGCUGCGGCCAGGUUAUAACGCCUGUUUCUAUUAUUACGAUGCGUUUCGACCAUUCCGUGAAGGACGGAAACGUUGCCAUGAUCUUCACCAAGCGCCGGUUGGGUCGCCAAGGUGUGGGCAGGGGGGAGAGAAGCGGCAACAAGCCAAUCAGAGUGCCGGACAACGUGUUCCAGCCGGUGAUGGUGUGGGCGUAUCACCCUACUUAUUUCUGUGAUCCCGAGGACUUUUUUUACCAUCCACGCAAAUCGGGGAAUAGCUGA